AACAAAACAUCAAACAAAACCACUUUCCUUAACAACAAAGGAAUUAUGACAUAGCCAUAAUCCACAACAUUAAAGAGUGUAAACUUGAAUGAUUAGGAUAUAACCCAUUGUCCUGAAAAGUUAAAGGUAUUGUAUACUUCGAAGUACAAUUUUGAAAUCAAGGAAAAAGCUUCCGAUGCAAUGAAUAUGCAAUGCCAUUGAACCGUAACUCAACUUUUUCAUGCUGCUUUUUUUUCGUAGUUUAGUUUAAACUAUUCGUCGAUAUAUUCAGAAAGGAACACAGCAUAUAAUGGAACUAUAACAGCAUAGGAAAUUGGCUUAUAACCAAAUCACAUAAUUAGGAAAGGCAGCUUAUAGAUGGUGUAUACAGAGAAUCUCACUAAACAUGUUCACUGGAAAAGAUGUUCAAGAAAGUGCAAGUGUGUCAGUUUAACAGUCGCCUUCAACGAUGUGGCUAGUUAGGAAGGUCUCCAGAAACCCAAAUUGGGCCAAUUAUUCAGUCAAGAUUGGAAUGACAUGGAUAUGGUUAGACAAAAGCAAAGGAUAAAUGGAGAGAUGUAUGGAAACCAAUGAAGAAAGAUACUUAACUUGCCAGCGGUUUUCGUGUACCAAACUCUUUUGUACAAUCAUUGUCAGAUUCUUUCAUAACAGCCUUAAUCUACUUAGAUUUCCAAAGCAAUGUUUUUUAAGUGAAUCUAAAUUCCCCAGGGUCCCAGGGACCCACUGUGCUUUUACACUUUAAAGCUUCCUCCAAAUCCCAAUAACUGAUAUAUAACAAGACUAUAUCUACAGGAAGGAACACACACAAAAUCAGAACUCAGAAGGGCUAUAAUCUCACAACUCCUAACCCUCUCAUUUCUUUGAAGAAAAGAAAGAUACUCUGAAUCUUCUUGUCUGCCUAAGAGCAGAAAUGUUGGGUUCCAGUACAAGAUCGAUGCUUUUUCUUCUUGUCUGCAUAGGAUUACUAGCAGACAACAGAUAUAAGGUCUCAGCCAUGAGACAUAGAGAGUUUUUCCUCAAACAAACACAGCCAGAGGAAAUUUCUAAGGUCAGGAGCAUCGGUUUUCAAUUCAAACACACCCUUGAAGACCAAGGAAUGCUCAGGGAAAACAGGCGCGUUCUGGAGGAGGUUAACAAGAAUACAGUCAAAGCUGAGGAGACGCAAGAACAAAAGAAUAAGACAGAUGACACAUUCCAAUCAAGCAAGAGACGUGUAAGACGAGGAUCAGAUCCUAUCCACAACAAAGCUCAGCCAUUUUCUUAAGCGGCACAAGAGCAUUCAAAUAACAGAAAAAGGCAAUAUACUAUAGAAAUGCAAGAAGAAACGGACAAUCAACCUUAUCAAGAUGGAGGUAGGUUAGUUGGUUAUUCUCGGGUUUAAUUUUCAAGUAUAGGUUUUGAUAAGAACACACAAUAUUGGCUGGUGAAGCUAUCAGUAUUCAGAACGGCAUUGUCUGUUCAGAUACACCAGGAGAAUACAUAUUUGUUUUCUUUGACUAAGUCUUCACUCUAUUGUUUGCAUUAGUACGUAUAAGUUUUGUUCUUUGUGCAAUCCUUUGACUCCCACCAAAACAUGUCUUUAUGUAUAUAACAUAUCUCAAAAGUUUUGAUUUUCUACAACUUCACUAUGCAACCUCUCUUUUCCCACAAA